GGGCACGUGCAUUAUUGUUAGUUAUUUAUUGAUUUGUUCCAUAAAAAUACAAUAAAUUAAAUAUUUACCAAGAAAUGUAAAUAUCAUUGCAUUUUCACAAAUAGCAGUAUUGUUCUGGUAACAUUCCAAAAAACAAACUUGUUCGAGUUGUUCGUGUGUCGUGUGAUGAUGAACUUGUGAACCGGCGUUGUGUAGUUGGCGUUUUCGUACAAUUUAGGUUCUUUUGUUUGUUCUUUGUUAGUUUUCCAUGUGGCAAAUGAAUUAACUAACUACAGUCAGUGUUAUUUUUUAGUAUUUCGGUUCCUGUAGUGUAGUUCGUACAUAAUUAAGAACAAUGAUAAAAAACGAUAUGAAUGAGAAUGGCGGCGUCGACGCCAAUGUGUCACCGACCAAACUCAUGGUCAACUAUAUUCCGGAGCUGAUGACGCGGGAUAUGAUGUAUGCGCUCUUCUCUGCAAUGGGAAAGAUUGAAAGCUGUAAGCUCAUAGCGAACCGGGGAUAUGGUUUCGUGGAGUAUGAGAAGCACGAGGAUGCCGAGAAGGCGCGAGCCGCCUUCAAUGGCUUAUUGAUGCAAGGCAAGACUCUGAAAGUGUCGUUCGCACUGCUCAAUCCAGAAAAUAAGGUUAGCCAUAAGCCAGAUACAGAAUCGAAUCUCUACAUUAGUAAUCUACCUCCAGACAUGACGUUAGAACGAUUGAACGGUCUCUUCAGUCAGUUCGGCAACAUUACGAACAGUCGCGUCUCGCAGGGUAUAGCUUUUGUGUGCUAUGAGACAAGGCAGCAAGCUGAAGAUGCAAUUCAACACAUGAAUGGGCAGACACCAAUUGCAGGCGCCGGACCUAUUGUUGUUAAAUUCGCGAAUAAACCCAACGCGAAUAAGAACGCACCUAGACCAAUUCAGAGAAUCGGCAUGGCAACAACACCACUCGCGUACAACGGUGCCGCCGCUGUCUUUAACGGCACCACACCGACAUUCAAUGGCACGAACCUGAGCGCCGCGUUCGGGUCUCGGCCUCCUGCCUUCGCUCCCGGGUUCCCGCAAGCGUCGCCACCCCCGUUGCUGCCCUCGCCGGGGAAGGCCCUGCCAUUCAUCAACAAGGGGCAACAACGGUUCAACCCGAUGGCAGCGUCCAACCACACUCCGAUACCGCUGCUAGGCGCGCCUGCCAGCCCCGUGCCGCUGUUGGGCACCCCGGCCGCGCCGCACCAGACCACUGUGUAUGUAUACAAUAUCGGAGAGGACACGGAAGAGCUGGCUCUGUGGCAGCUCUUUGGCCCCUACGGUGCAAUAGAUUCUAUUAAAGUUAUUAAAGAUCCAGAGACGAAGAAAAAUAGGGGAUUCGCGUUUGUAAACAUGCGUGAGUAUGACGAGGCAGCGAUGGCCAUUCAGGCCCUGAACGGUUACACGCUCAACGGCCAGGUUCUGUCUGUUAGUUUUAAGACUCAAAAGAGAAAUAACAAUUAGGUUGACGGACGUUAUGAACGCCGUUCCAUUGUGAUUAUUGGGUGGCCCAAAGCUUAAAAGAUUUCCAUUCCAAUCUCAAGAAUAUUUUUGUAGUGGAGACGCGAGAUCCUCUAUGUGCAUUUCAAAUUAGUCACAUAAGUAUUUUUGUAAGAUUUAAUAUAGUUUUGUACUGGCGAGAGAGCAACAUGACUACCUGUGAGUAGAGUUGGCUUAACAUUAUCAUAUAUGUGUACUUUUAUCGUAUGGUAUGAUAUUUUAUUAUUUGACUAUGUAUGGACCUGUCGAAUAUGUAUUAUGCUCGGGCGGAGCGGGGCCCGCCUGCCUGCUCCCCUGCCUCCGCCCGUAACCCUCCAGGUAUUUUAUUUUGUGUAAAACAAACAUUGUAUGUUUUUUUAUCUUUAAUAAAUUUCAUGUUUAAAUAGUG